UUUCGUUAUUUCACUUCCAUCGAUUGGAUGUUGAAAUUAUCCAAUCGCAACACAAGUUUCCGCGCUUGGACAAACUUGAGAGCGACAACCAUGGCAUCGACGGGGUUCGCGGUCGACGAUGGGUCUCGUAUCAUGCAGCAGUCGGUACACAUCCACGCGCCUUCCGACGAUAUGGCUUCUUCGGCCUUGGCUGUAAAGGCCACCCGGCCCGACGUUGUGACGUACUACAGCAUCCAUAAGACCGUCGAGCACAUUCAGGCGUACGGGUUCCGCCGCAUUGCGCUGCAGUUCCCGGACGCGAUGCUUCCCGAUGCGAUCCAAGUUCAGUUUCAACUUCGUGCGGCUCUUGCUGCGCUGGAGCAUCCAAUUGAACGUAUUUUUGUCCUGGGAGACACAUCCUACGGCAGUUGCUGCGUCGACGAAGUAGCCGCGCACCAUUUGCUUGCCGACUGCAUUGUCCAUUACGGCCGAGCGUGCUUGAGCCCAACUUCUGUCCUCCCUGUCAUUUACGUGUUUGGAAACGUUCCUUGCAACGCCGCCGCGAUCGCGGCCGGAUUCAACGACCUGCUGGCGACCACCGACACUUCAGCCACCCACGUCGUCCUGUACGAACCUUGCUACGAGCAUCAAGCCACCGCAGUUGCCAGUUCGUUGGCCUUGUCCUAUCCCGACCGCGACUUUCUCUGCAGCACCAUGCGCACCAUGUACCACCCAGGCGAUGCAGCGUCCGACGUCGCGGCCUCGUCCACUGUUAUCGGGGGACUGGCCAUCCCGCUGCCACCAUCCCAGACAUUUAGCGCGUCCACGGUGCUUUUGUAUGUGGGCAAGGAGUCUCCGCACUUGACCAACAUUCUCUUGCGUGCCGGCGACACCCCGUGUCUGUCGUACGACCCACAGACUGACGUGGCACGACGAGAGGGCACGUCGAUCAACCGGACGUUGAAUCGCCGGUACUUUCUCGUGCAAAAGGCUAAGGAAGCUCAGAUCAUUGGGAUUCUCAUGGGAACAUUGGGCGUGGCCAACUGCCUCGACGUGGUGCAGUCGUUGCAGGCGCUCAUUGCCAAGAGCGGGCGCAAGUCGUACACGUUUGUGGUGGGUAAAAUCAACGUCCCCAAGCUGUCGAAUUUUGCCGAAAUCGACGCGUUUUGUCUCGUCGCGUGUGCCGAAAACUCGUUGCUGGACAGCACCGAGUUUUUCAAACCGAUCGUGACCCCGUACGAACUGCACUUGGCCCUCACACACGGCGACAGCGAAUGGACGGGGCAAUACAAAGCCGAUUUCCAGGAAGUGCUGCCGUCGCUGGUCACGGCGGUCAAUGAAAUGGAUGAUGAAGGGGAAGCCCCAGACGAACCGUAUUUCUCCCUCGUGACGGGCAAGUACCACCAAGCCAAGGGCCAGCGAGACGGCGGUGGAGGCUCAGAUGAUAGCGACCACGACGGGGACAACUGCACUGCGUUGGUAUCGAAAGCUGGCACUCAGCAAUUGACUACGUUCCGAAGCGAAGCAGGCGAGUUCUUGGCCACACGAGACUAUCGAGGACUGGACCCACGGGUUGGUGAGACUGCGCCGCACGCUGCCGUUCAAGGAAGCAGUGGCAUUGCACGAGGCUACACCCAUGAAUAAGUCGUACAAUAUAUCAUUUUGCAGUUUC